AUGCAGCCGACUCGCAAGAUAAACUCCAGGCUCUUCAAGGAACUUCUUGAGUCCAUUGACCGCGCAGUCGUCGAACUAAAUGCGUUGGCGUUCGCUGGAGCCGUCACCAUUAUCCAGCUGGGCUUCUUCGUGCUGCGGCAGAUGCGCUUCCACCGUCAGCUCAAUAUCUUCGCGAGCACCGUGGAGACGUCUCUCCGGCGGUUCUUCGGCUCCUUCUUCGUCUUCAUGAUCAUCUUCCUGGCCUUUUCCUUCAUGGUCCACAGUCUCUUCGACAAGCGCGUGCUCCAGUUCUCCACUCCCGCGAAAUCCAUGGAGUCGUGCGUCAACAUGCUCUUCGGCGAGUUCGACUUCGACAGUAUUCGCGAGAUCUCAGCCUCGAGCCUCUUCUACUGGGUCUACAUGCUGGUGGUGAGUCUCGAGCUGCUCAGCAUGAUGCUGGCGAUCGUCAUGGCCGCGUACGAAGCCAUGAACAAAGAGGCGCACGAAGACGCUCUCACAAUGUUCCUCUCGUGGAGGAGCAAGAAACUGUGGACCAAUCUUCUCUUACUGUUCAUGGGGAGGAAGAACGGCAUUGCCGUGGCGCUGCUUUAA